UUGACCGAGUUCCUGCCCACUGACGUCACAUCCUGGAGAAGAUGGCGCUGUGCUUGUGAGUAGUGCAUCCCUGUCUUUUAUCCUACCGGGGAUGGCGCUGUGUCUUUGGAGUCGGGUGACGGGGCUCCGUCGCGUCCUCUUGAAAGAUUGCGUGUCAAGCACGUUUAAGGUGGUUAUGGCUGGACUGCGCUCCAGUGAACCUCCCCCGGAUUUUAAAGGAAUCAUUAUUAAAGAACGGCCUAAAUUGCGCUUUAUGAAUAAAGUUCCAGAUGUUGUUAAAGUAGUGAAGGUUCCUAAGACUUUAAAGGACAUUCGUGGUCCAGCAUUACAAGGGCGGGACUUCCAGGAAGGACAGUAUGGUAUUUUGGCUUUGGGAGGUGGAUACUUGCAUUGGGGUCACUUUGAAAUGAUGCGGUUGACUUUAAAUCGUAAAUUUGACCCCCAAGUGACAUGGAGUAACUGGCUAAUAGAAGCUCCCCACAAACCCAUAACCCGCAAAGGACUUGGUCAGCGUAUGGGUGGUGGAAAAGGUGCAGUGGACCAUUAUGUCACUCCGGUGAAAGCUGACCAGCUGGUUUUAGAAGUGGGAGGUCAUUGUGAGUUUGCCGAGAUCUUGCCAGUGCUAACUCAAGUGGCCAAGAAGCUUCCGUUCCCAGCCACGGCUGUAAGCCGAGAAACCUUGAAGCAGCUCCAGGAAGAGCUGGAGGAGAAGCAGAGAAACAACCAGAAUCCAUGGACUUUUGAGCGCUUGGUAUCUCGUAACAUGAUGGGCUGCCGGAAAUAUCUUAGUCCGUAUGACCUGCAGUACAAGGGCAGAUACUGGGGCAAGCGCUGCAUGAAGGAUCGUGUCUGAGGGGACUGUUGCUAUUAUGGUAAUGCUUCUGGCUGUAGCAUAUAAUGGCUUCUUCUGGACUACGUGCCUCCUUUUGUUAUCUGUAAUAAAUGAUGAUAAUAAUAA